AUGAAGAAAAUUUGUGUCUACCAACAUACUAUGUCGAAAAUCGAAUUAAACAGACGAGGUUUGGUGGCUGCAAAGGAAGAGUUGGGGAGAAAAAAAGCAAAAAAUGAGUUGACAAAUAAACUUGAUGAAGAGGAGAUACAGCAGAAGGAAAAGCUGAGAGAAUUGAGGAAAGCUGGAAGAUUAAAAUGA